ACUCUCCUCGGUGUUUUGACAGGUCUACUCAGUGCUUACGUUAUUAAAAAGCUCUACAUUGGCAGGCACUCUACAGAUCGCGAGUUUGCUCUUAUGAUGCUAAUGGCAUACCUCUCCUAUAUGGUGGCUGAGUUAUUCUAUCUGAGUGGCAUUCUCACCGUAUUCUUUUGCGGUAUUGUCAUGUCUCAUUAUACUUGGCAUAAUGUGACUGAGAGCUCAAGAGUCACUACCAAGCAUUCUUUUGCUACCCUGUCGUUUGUUGUUGAGAUCUUCAUCUUCCUUUACGUUGGUAUGGAUGCUUUGGACAUUGAAAAAUGGAAGUUUGUUAGUGAUAGUCCUGGAACAUCUAUAGCAACAAGUUCAGUAUUGUUGGGUUUAGUACUCCUUGGAAGAGCAACGUUUAUUUUCCCGUUAUCCUAUUUAUCCAACUUGACUAAAAAAUCACAGUAUCAGAAGAUCUCCUUCAGACAGCAAGUGAUCAUUUGGUGGGCUGGUCUUAUGAGAGGUGUUGUUUCAAUGGCACUCGCGUACAAUCAGUUCAUGAUGUCGGGGCAUACUCAGCUGCACAGUAAUGCAAUCAUGAUUACCAGCACGAUCACGGUCGUCCUUUUCAGCAUAGUGGUGUUUGGUCUGUUGACGAAGCCACUCAUAAGACUUCUACUACCUCAUUCUAAAGUCACAACCAGCAUGACAACCACAUAAACAUCUACUCCAAAAUCAUUCAUUGUCCCACUUCUAGGAAACUCCCGAGAUUCUGAAGCUGAUCUUGAAGGCCAUGA